AUGGCCAUCUCAGACGAUCCCACAGCUCUUACGCUCGAAGAUCUGCCAGAGCUUCUGAAGAAUGACACGAGCGUCAAGCUGGCAGGAUGCGACAUUGACGGUAUCUUGAGAGGCAAGCUGGUCUCUAAGAAGAAGUUCCUCUCUAUUGCCAAGUCAGGCUUUGGCUUCUGCUCUGUCAUCUUUGGCUGGGACAUGCAUGACCAGACCUACUUCAAGGAACUCAAGAUUUCAAACAAGGAGAAUGGAUACAGAGACCUCACAGCUCAAGUCGACCUGGCCAGUUUCAGGAGGAUACCUUGGGAGAACAACAUUCCCUUCUUCCUGGUCAGCUUCUAUGAACCAGAAGGCGAGUCUGUGUCGGCUUGUCCAAGAAGUGUCUUGGGAAGAGCUGUCGACAAGAUCCAAGCCAAGGGCAUGAGUGCCAUGGCAGGAGCCGAGUAUGAGUUCUACCAGUUCAGGUCCCCCUCCGAUCCUACCGCUCCCGAGCGCAACUCGUCUAGCACAGCCAAGUUCCUCAAGGAGAACGUACCGUCUGCUCUGCCAUCCCUGACUGAAGGCAUGUUUGGAUACAGUGUGACAAGACCGGUCCACAACCAAGAUUACUACUACGGCGUCUAUGAUGCCUGCGAAAAGUUCAGAUGCAACAUUGAAGGAUGGCAUACAGAGAGUGGACCUGGUGUCUUUGAGGCUGCUCUCGAGUUCGGCGAAAUCAGAGGCAUGGCAGACCGAGCAGCCCUCUUCAAGCUCACCGUCAAGUCUAUCGCUAGCAAGUUUGGCAUCACACCUUGCUUCAUGGCGAAACCCCGCGAGAACCUGCCAGGAAACAGUGGCCACAUGCACGUCUCCCUAUGCGACCCGGGAACCAAGCAAAACCUCUUUGCCCGCAGCGAACCCGAUCCUAAUGCUCCUUACGAGGAUGUCAAGAACCUAUCUGAUCUGGGUCGCCAUUUCCUCGCUGGUCUGAUCGAAGGUCUUCCGGAUGUCAUGCCUAUUUUCGCUCCUACAAUCAACAGCUACAAGCGUCUGGUCGAGAACUUCUGGGCACCCGUCACUGUAAGCUGGGGCUUGGAACAUCGUGCUGCCAGUAUCCGUCUCAUCGCACCUCCCACUGCUUCUCCUAAAUCCACUCGUUUCGAGGUCCGUGUACCUGGUGCAGACACAAACCCAUUCCUUGUCUUGGCAACCAUCCUCGCAUUGGGAUGGAGAGGUGUAGAGAAGAAGCUUGAGAUCCCGAUCCCACCCUUGGGCAAGGGCGAGGAUGUCGGCGGUGCAUCAGACAAAGGUGUCCGGUUAGCCAAGAGUCUGAGAGAGGCCACCGAGAAGUUCAAGAGCAAGGACAGUAUUGCGAGAGAAGUGUUUGGCGACGAAUUUGUUGAUCACUUUGCCGGCACUCGCGAACAUGAACUUAGACUGUGGGACGAGGCAGUCACGGAUUGGGAGUUUAAGCGCUAUAUUGAGACAGUUUAG